UGUUAAUAAACCGUUACCAGGAAGUUUUCUGUCGUACCUCUUUCUGUGCUCAGUCAAUAUUAAUUUAGAACUCCUGAACGAGGGUUUGGAAUCCCUGACCUCCUCAUCGAGCAAAAAAGGAUGUCUUAUGAAAAAAUGUCCGAACCGUCUCCUGCAAAUUGUCAAGCAGAAGACCAAAAUGACCAGUCAACGUUUACCUACGGGAACCAGUAUAAUCAGAAUCCUAUUGGUAACCAGUAUCCAUCGCCAGGUUGCGCUCAAUAUCCAGGCAACCAAUUCACGAACCAAUCGCAAUAUAAUGUUCCAGGCCAGAUUAUACAGCCUGGAGCUAUUGUUUACAACCGAGCCCCUGUAACUCAGGACUGGAUAGUUCCAGCUGUUCUCUCUUGUCUGUUUUGUUGCUGGCCGUUAGGGUUAAAGGCUAUACUGGCCGCUAGUAAGGCUAAUAAUGCAGCAGCAAUUGGAGAUGUAAUGGAAGCGGAAAGACAAUCCAACGACGCGCGCACGUAUGUGAUUGCUUCCGUGAUAUCAGGAGUCAUUAUAUUUACUCUCCUUAUUGUGUUCAGUCUGCACUAAGGAACAAAUCAUGCUCAUAAAUGACUGAAUAAUAUACUGUGUAUGGCUCUUGAAUUGAACAGGUCGAUGAAGCGAUUUGCUUAAUAACUUAAACACAAAGACCCUCAAAACAUUACGUCUGUGUUCCAUAGAUGCUUGAAAUGAUGAGUUUCCUUUACCCAUCAGAUCUGCCCUAAAAUGUUUAAAUUGUAAACUAACUUUUAUUCGUGACGACUUUAUUUCGCGAUUUAUUUCCAACUAACUGGUUCUCGACGACUAAUGUUCGCGACCAAGCCUUAUCCAGACCAGGUUUGUAAUAACAACCAUACGACAACGACUGGUUCGCGCCGAGAAAUAUUUGCGACAAUGAGGCCCUCGCAAACCUCGUGAAAAUUUUCCGCACGCGAAUAAAAGCUUGUUUACAGAAAGUAUCCUCGCCUAUACAUUAUUUAUAAGUUAAGAAAAACUUCCCUUUUAGAAGUAAAGUUUGCAUAGUUCCUAUACCUUAAUUGAGAAAUCUCCAUCUAAAGGGAAAGGCAGCAACCAUCAAACCCUCUUAAAAAAAUAACCCUGAUGUCUAUGAUGACAAUUGUUUGCAACUGUUUCAUAUACAAAAUGUGAAAACACUCAUAUUUAUUGUGUACAGACAAACAGAUAGCUAAUAAUGUGUACAGCGUUGUGUUAAACAUUUACUUUUAUAUUAAUGCAUAUGUACUAAUAAGGAAGUGAUGCAAAAAUAAUGAUUAAGUAUUCUUUCUCUGCUUUAUAUUAUUAAUUUUUCCUAAAAUAAAAGUAAAACAGAACAUAAAUUCAUCUUGAAACUGCUGACGUGCAUAGAAAGUUAAGAAGAUAGCGAUACUUCGUAAAUUUGCAGUGCCCGUUCAUUUUACAAACUUGUUCUAUUCCAUCUUAUCUUAAUUAUGUCGUAUCUUGCGUGUAUGCUGUUCUAUUGUGCGUUAAUCCUAUCCUAUCGUGCAAGAAUCAUAUCCUUUCGUUUAUCUUGUUAAAAUAACGUUGAGGUUCUGUAUAUGUACACAUUCGAUAUGCUGUUACAUUGAAAUACAUGUUCAAAAGGUAAAAUGUAAUCUGAUUAUCAUUCUGAAAGAGUGUAUAUAAAAUACAUGUCCUUUUAUUCUAAAUACAAAUAAACCAAACCAAACAUU